GGACGCAGUCGCCGCCGCCGCCGCUGCCCCACGGUCCCGAGGGCCUGUUACCGACACCAGCCACCGGUGUCCCAGGUGCAGCAGCUGCCGCGUCUCGGUCCCCAAUCCCCGGAAACAUCCGUCCUCGGGAGACGAUGCUUAAGGAACAAGGGAAACAGUUUCCUGGAACAUCAGCCUUGUAAUUCAAGCUUGAGUUACGACAGUCCAGGGGCAGACAUGCUCAACUCCACAAAUGAACUGGAGUUUUCGAACAAAAACAAUACCGCCAUCUCCCAACUCACUUCUCUGGGACUGUCGGAUGACAGAGCAUCCUGCGGAAAAAGCCCACCUGGUGUGCCUGAAAAAUCUGGCUAUCCGGACUCCGUUUACGUUAUGGCGGCGAACAUUUUUCAGGGUAUUCGAAUCGAAAAAUCGCCAGAGAAAGUCUUAAUAAAGUAUGGGCAUGAACCCCUGCCGUCCUGUUACGAGUCUGAGGAUGAAUCCUUUCGUCGUUUGUCCUAUGAGCUGGCUUUUAGUGCCCUGAAAUAUCAAGAUAUUUUGGAAACUAUAUUAAUAGACAGCUAUCUCUUCCCAAGUACCACAAUACCAAAUCAUUUGAGCAGUCUUAUUAUCGUGAUGCUGUAUGAUUUCCAAGAUAGAAAAUUUCAAACUCGUGUUCUUUCUGAGAAUGAAGAGUCUAUAUCAGAAGUUCAGGAAGUAGAGAACCUUCUUACAAGUUUUAAGACAAAAUUGGCUGCAGCAUUGGCAAGAUGUCGAAUCAAACAUGAUGCCCUUUCAAUUUACCACAUUCUACCAGAAACCGUUAGGAAACAGGAACUAAGGGCCUCCACUUUGCCACUUUAUGCUUGGAUAAAUACUUGUAAAAUCAGCCCUGAAGAAGUUUAUAAUAAUUUGAAGAAAAGAGGCUAUAAAGAAGUCAAAUCUGUAUUGCAUAUUAAUGAUAAAGUCUUUGCUGUGGACCAACAUUGCUAUGAUGUCUUAAUUUUUCCAUCUCAUCUUAAAAAUGAUCUUAAAAAUGUAGAUCUUUUCAAAGAUUAUAAACUUAUUUUUCAGGACAAAUCUCGAAGUCUUGCUGUCCACUCUGUAAAGUCUUUAUUAAAUAUGGAUGAUGAUGUCUUAAUGGUCAAUACAGGCUCUUGGUACACAGUUGCCCAUAUGUCAACCUUAACAAGUAAUAAUACCUCAAAAAUAUUUGUAUGUGGACUACAGUCACAAGCUAAAGAUUUGAACUUCGUGAACCUUUUUGCAAAAAUGGGAUGUAAAAAUGUUGAAAUACUUAAUGAGACAUUCAUUAACAUUGAAUCAAAGGAUCACAGGUUACAGAGAGUUAAAGUAAUUCUGCUGCUACCUCGCUGUUCAGGACUGGGUGUUAGUAAUCCAGUAGAAUUUAUUUUAAAUGAACAUGAAGAUACAGAUUUACUUAAAGAUCUAUCUCAAGGAGGCACGUCAGAAGAUAAGCUUCAUAUUCUUGCUCAACAGCAGUAUGAACAGCUAACGCAUGCAAUGAAAUUUGCUAAAGCUCAAGCAGUUGUUUACUGCACGUGUUCAGUUUAUCCAGAAGAAAAUGAAACUGUUGUUAAGAAAGCACUGGAAUUUCAAGACCGUGGGAAUAAAAUACAACCUUAUAGGCUUAGUCCUCCUGUUCUUCCACUGUGCUCUUUAAAGGACAUACAUUUGUCUACCGAUAAAUUUUUCAGAAUGGAGCCGUCAGAAAUUACCAACGGUUGUUUUCUUUCAGUUUUAACAAGGGAGCGGGACCCAUCUGAGGCAGUGUCUGUGAAAGAUGUUUUGGCCCGAGCUGCAGCCAAGGGUCUACUGGAAGGGAUUGAGUUGGGUAAAUCAUCCAAACGGGAGAAGAAGAAGAAAAAAUCUAAAACAUCAUUGUUGAAAGCUUCCAUUACUGAAGAUAAUGGCAUCCAAAUGAAAAUUGCUGAGUUCCUGACUCGAGAAACUAAAGCCAGUGCUAGUGAGGGGGAGACAUUAACAAAACCACCUCUUCCCCAGAAAAACACUGCUCAAGUGGGGGCUCCCGCACAGGUCAGAAAGCCCAGCAAGCCCUCCCCCAGUCCUUUAGUGCCUACAUUUACAAAGAACACGCGUCCCCUUAGACUAUACGAACGGCAGACAAACUUCAUGAGACCUCGGCCAGAAGAGAAAAUGGUUCCUCUGAAACCCAUUGAGAUUGUGCUGCCUCCAGUAAUGAUUCCACUUACAACUUCCGAGGGGAUCAGAUCACAUAUACCGACUCCACAUUUUUACUGUCGUUGGGUUGGACCUAAGACUCCGGUGUCCAGCUGCUUUCCCACACCAUCACUGUCCAGAAAAGGGGAAAAGCCUAAAGAAAACUUACCUUUCUCCCUACUCAGGCAUCCGCGGCCAUGGCUUUGACUGUCUUCCAUUUUUUACUGGGGCCAAGAGCAAUUGAUUUUUUUUUUUUUUUCCUAAGUCUAGUAUUUCUCAGAAGAUUACAUAUUCCUCACAAGAUACUUUUGGUUACUUAGUAUCUUCUAAAUGUGAUUUUACUUUCAAAGAAUUAAGACAAGGGAGAAGCAAUAAUGGAGGCAAGUAAACAAAGCACAUUUCAGAGAUUACAACCGCAUAGUCGUCAUCUGUUUUACAACGUCUAGUGCAGACUCAGUGUCAGCUGUUAGAACUUGUCUCAUUCCUCUUAAUUUUCCCUCUGGACUUAGGGCUGCAACAGUUUCUUCUGAAGGCCAACACUGCCUGCCUCGCCUCGUCACAGGCCUCCUUUCAAAGUUGUAAGGCAAGUUCCUUAGAGAGCAAGGAUGUGGAAAGGGUGCGGGUUCUCUCCCACCAGCCAGAGCCUGCUCUUUGGUAUCCAGGCAGUUGUGGUUUAAAUUUUUCAAUCACGAUUGAGGUUGAUUUUUUCCCUUAAAUAUCAAACUGUUCUUUGAUCAGGACAUGGCAUAAGUUUUUGUAAUGGGCCUGAGAUUGUGUAUGAACAGGAAGCAUAGGAAGUUCCAAAGGGCCACCUGUAGCUCAGAUGUCCAUUUAUAGAGUGAAAAGUGUUUCUCAUUGGGAGAACGUCCAGGAUUCUGAGUAGAUUGAACACAAUCGUAUCUCCCUUCCUACCACUUAUGCCAAACACCGCUGUAAAAAAGUGUGAGGAAAUUUCCAUCUAACUGCUAAUAAUUCUGAAGAAGAGGCAACCCUUUUGAACGUAAGUCAUACCAAUUGUUGAAGAAACUAAAAAAAUUGAUUCUAUUCAAAGAUCAGGUGAUACAGCAAAAUGUACAAGUCAUUUCAAAUGGCACACAGUAAUCAAAUUUUGGUCAUUUCUAAUGCACAUUAAUUAUAAUAAAUGUUGAUUCAUCUUGAUUAUAUUAUCAAUUGCCUGCCAAGAAUUGGUAUGAUGAUCAUUUCUGGGUCUACUGAUCUUUUUCAUCAUGGCAAUAGAAACUGACAUUAAAUAAGAUACAGCUAUAAAUCUUCCUGUUUAAAAAAAGUUCAUAGACACAUUCAUAAAGUUUGAAUUCAAAGUAUUAUUUUCAGGAUUCACUUGUGUAGAAGUGUUAGGUAAAUUCCUAAAUGCUCGGUUCAGGUGGCAUGAUUUUAGUAGAAUAGUAUCCUCUUCAAGAUGACUAUUUAGGUCUAUUUCAGCUCUAUUUUAUUUUUCAUUUUCUUAUUUGAGGUAAGGAUAAAAAAAGAAUGGUGAAUUUCAUUUUAGUAGUAAUCAUUUUUCUUUUAGCUUAAGAUUUACAUUUAUCAAUAAAAUGUCAGUGAACCAAGCUUUAUAUUUUAAUCCUCCCCCAAAUCUUUAUUACUCAUAAAAAAUACAGAAAUGUUUUAAAUGCUCAGUUUUACUAAUUUCAAAAAUCAAAAAUUAUAUAUCUUUUUGCUCCGAAAUAGUAUGUGGUUUGUUCUCUUAUUGCCACCGACAUCUCUGUCUGGCGUAGAUGGGCGCCCCUGGUCUCUAGGAGGGCAGUGCAGUUCAGCUUUAUGUAACAUCGGUCAGCAAAGACCUGGUGUUUUAGCCUAGAAUUUUUACCCUUUCCUGACCCUCUUCCUCCACCGCAGGCUAAAAAGUAUUUCACUGUUGUAAAGUAGGCCUGAGAUUUUUAUUCUCCUGUGUAUUUUCUGUGAUAAGUUAACUCUCAUGGUUAUGAAAUUAAGUUUAGGAUAUUUUUCUGAUCUUUCUAGCAGCAUGUGAUUGAUAUCACCCAUUAAAGCCACUUAUUUUCAGUUAUCACCUAACAAGCAUUUGAGCACCAAAUUAUUUUUCUCUUUGGAAGUGUAUGGAGAUUCUGAAUUAAAACAAAUCUUUUAAGGACAGGAUCAAUUAUUUAAAUACUUUGGUAGGAAAAAAAGGGGGGAAAUACUUUAGAUAAAAGCAGUUUGCACAAAUUCUAGUGAAGGAGAAUAUUGAUUAUACUGAUUUUUUUGUUUGGCGUUUUAUGUUCAACGUUUUAAAGUACUGCAAAAAUAUAAGGAAAUUACUGGCAUUUAGAUACUCCAAUAGCAGAUCCAUAUUUUUAUAUGAAAUCACCACUUUAUAAUGCCUGAAACCAGAAUGACAUUUCAUCCUUUCUGAGUUACUGCCUUUAAUAGGGUAGGGGAUAAACCUGGGGGGACACAAGAUGAACAGAAAGUGGGGGCUUACCUUUCACAUGCUUACUGGUCAAAACCGCAUUCAACUGAUUUUCCUAGUUAUCUUUCAUUCUGCAUUUAGACCCUGUACAUCUCUAUUCUUUUGAAGUCAGUUUCCCAAAGGAAGUGAGAGAUAGACUUUGUGCGGAACUUUUUAGAAAGACUGCUUACCAAAGACUGCAGUGGUAAGACUACGUAGCCUUCUGUGUCCAGAAUGCCAUCUGUCCUCCUCCAUCACCAAAUAUGGACAGGGAAUUACUCAAAACUGAAACUUCCUAGUUCUUACCAAGUGGAAAUAAUUAAAGCAGAAUCCUCCGUUACUAAAAUGAUUUCUAAAAAGUCUGGGGUGAAAAUCAUGUAAAACUGACCAGCAAAAACACACUAAAUUUAUGUUUCUGUUCCUCAUAUAUAUGACUAAAAUGCCAGAAAAAUGAGCCAAACAUUUUAUGCAGCUAAAUUUAUUCACACAAAUUACAUUGAGAUGUGUAAAAGUGGUCAACAGCAAAAGGGGCAAAAAGGAAAACAGUUCUUCCAGGAUACGUAAGCCACUCUGGAGGCCAGGGAAUGCUCGACCUUUGCCCUGAAGCUCAAGUAAGUUAAACUUCUUUUGACUGGCUGCGUACCCACGUUAGGUGUGCAUUAGCCUAAGCCUGGCCAACUAGAGAGCUAAUGGUCUUGUUAAAUUGUGCUAUUAUCAGUGAGGGAAACGGUUUUCAUCAGUGACCUCUUGAACACUUGUGUUGCAAUGCCUGUGAAAUGAGUGUGCCAUACGAGGAUGAGGACGGACAUUUGUGGCUUCUGGGAAAUGGCCUUGUGUGAUCUUGCAAAUGUCUAUCUGAAAAUCAUAAAGUGGAUUUUAAAAAAGUAGCAGUGCCACAGUUUAUCACCAAAAACUUAUUUUAAUGGAAAUGGUCUAAUGUCCCUGCAUGCAGUAAGACAAACAAAAAACAAUGGUCCUAGUUUGCUAUGAGUGACCUUAAAUCCAGGUGGAAGCAAAGGCCACGAGAACACGGAUGCGUCUUGGAGACGAGCGCACACGUGUGGUGACACGGGUAUAAAAACGAAGCACCGAGCAGUGCUUCAGACAGCAAAGUUGUAGCCAGAGGCAUGUUGGCUAUUCCCCUUGAAGCUGCCAAGGAGCAGGCGUAUGAGGUGGCAGGGCUGUGUCUCUCUAGCUGCUUUUAAAAAAUAAAAGGACCUUUAAGCAGUAUGCCCUUUCUUCUACAUAUUCCAAUAGAAAUGUGACUACAAAUCAUUACAAAACCACCUUAGGCAAUGUGUAUAGUUCACUGAGAUUACUUAGGCCUGGAUACACUGUGAGAUAAUAUCCAGUAAAGAUAAUACAUUAACACAAUAAUGCAGUAUAUUUCAGUAAAAAUAGAAUAAAUAAAAUAAAAAUAUUUUAAGCUGUAUUUAAAAGGUUAAUUAAAAACAUGGUAAGACAUACAAGGCCUCGUGAACAUGGCUGCCUGUUUACCGAAUCGCACAUGUAGAGAAUGCAUAGAUAGGGUAACUGGAGUGCUGCCGAGACAGCAGGCAGAACACUGGCGUCCUUUCAGACACACACGCACUCUCAUACACACUUUUUGGCCAUGGAAGAAAGUGUCUGAACAUACUGUUUAACAGAAUUAAUUUUACAAAAUUAAUUUGCAUUAGUAUGCAAAGCCAUUUUCAAAACAAAGUAUUUGCAGUAAAGUUUUCCAUAUGUAAAGGCUAUCAUUCAUCUUAAUGCAUCCUAUAAUUGCAUAUAUAAAUCAGUUUGCUACUUAAAGCUAGCUCAGUAUUCUCAAUCCUGAAAACAAACAAACGUAUGCCUUAAAAAAUGAACAGGGAGUUGUGGUAGAGAUUUCCAAGGUAAAAGUGGACUACUUGUUUAGAAUUUCGAAGUUUAUCACGCUAAAACGCUUAACUGUGGAGCUCAAGAUGAAUGAUCAUUGGAACUGAAUUCUCAACAGCUUUUCAGAGGGUAUAGUAAGGAAUUUCAUAAUGCCACAACUUCUCAUGAUGCCCUCAGUUACUUUAGAUAGAACAGUAUAUAAACUGGUGAGAAGUAUAAUGCAUUUCUAGAAUGAUACCGUUUUUGUCAUAACAUUAGGGUGCAGCAAACGAUUUCAGCCCUCUUUCUCCCCAUCCCGUGAAUUCUGAGGGGGAACUGCAGGCUGUCUGCUCUUUCCAUCAUGCUGUAAGGUGGCUAAACACCAUGAGUUUGGAAUAUCUCUACAAGGAAUGUCAUCACUGGAAACCCCCACGGACCGAACAGGCUGUGUACUGAAUGUGGAAUCCUGUCCUGGAUAACACCUUUGAGGUGCACUGCAGUAAAGCAGUCCUGGACAGGGGAGAGGCGAUAAUUCAAACCCGGUGUAAGUGAUCUGGGCGUAUUUCCCCCAGUGGAAAUUCUAAGGUGGUCUGACAGGAUUUCCCUACCUGCUCUCCUUGUAUACAUCUAGAGUCAUUUUGGCAAGGUUUUUCCUGACUGCUGUGGAGACAACAUCAACAGUCAGGGCGGGGCUGGGAGGCUGGGAGGCUGGGGCCCUAGUCCUGUUCCCCAGUGAACUUUGGGGAGAUCUCAGCCAGCUGAGUUAGCCUCUGGGCACUUCCUGUUUUUAUUUCUCAAGUGUGUUUGUACCUUUUCUACCUUAUAAGGCUCAACUGUGGUACAAAUGUGGAAACCAUUCCGACAAGUACAUAGCAGUGCAUAAACAUACAGUGGUACUUUCAUAACUGGAUGUUAAUUUUGACACUAAAAAGUAAACAAAAUAUUGAGACUAAUCUCCUUAAGCAACUUCCUUUUAAAACAACAAUGUUGACAAGAGUCUAAAUUUGUCUUCAUAGCUAAGUUUCUUAUCUAUAUAACAAGAAGCAGGAAAAUGCUGCUUUGGGGAAACUUGUUCAGUAGUCCAUUAUUCUUAUUCGAUUUUGCGAUGAUAUGAGAUUUUUAAGUCUUUAAAGUAAAAUGGAAAAAAGGUAACAAUUUUAAAAUAUAUCUAGUUGAGUCCAAUGAAUUAUAAUAUGAAAUACAUAAAUCCAGGAAAGGUUCAAAUUAAUGUAGUUUGUUGCCAUGGACAAUACGUGAUGGACAGACAGCUUUCUGGGCAAAAAGCAUUGGUAUAAGAUUGAGCUAGAUGCAAAUUCUAGCAGAAUAUUUUCCUCUAGCGUGUGAACUAAUAAAAAUAACGUGGUGGUGAGGGUCCAAAAGAACUGUGUAUGACAGAAAUAUAAAUGACAUUUCCUCAACUUCAAAUUGCAUAUUGGCUAAUUAUCCAACUAAGGAUGAAAGAUUGAUGAGUAAUAUUCCGCUGAAUGUUUAUGGAGAAAAUGGCCAUAGUGAACUGUAAUUCUCUAGCUGCACUGUACAGUAUAAGGCAGAAGUUUGAAAUAAGUCCUACCCAAACACAUUAUGAUUUAGCUAAUCUCUUCUUUAAAGUAAUCAGUUUGAAAACCAUUUGAAAAGGCUAUUUUUGUUCAAUUUUAAACCCUGAAAUUUAGUUUUUCAUCAAUUUUCAAGUUUCACUUUUUUCUAAUAUCCCACAAACAGCUGUAGACAUGAAAUGGUGUCCAUGUGUCAAGAGAGCUUGUCAAGGAAAGCUACCAGUUGGUCUCCAGACUGAUGCCAACAGCCCAUUUUGUCAAACAACGUGUUCAAUUUUAUGAAAAACUAAAACAAAAACUCGCCAUCCUAUUUUUAUAGCAGUUCAGUGGUAUCUGCUAGGAAGUGUCUAUUCCAAUGUUGAAAACAGGGCAAAGUGCUGUAGAACUUAAAAGUUGCUUGUGAAAGAUCCCCAGUCAAGAAGCCAGUGAAACUAACUCAGGCAUCGUUCACGCCAAGACACAGCGUUAGUUCACUAGGAGGGGUGUGGCCACAUCCUUCCCUGUGUGUGUGAAGUAAUGUUCACAAUAUUUACAAUAAGAAAAAGACCUUCCACUGCUCAUGAUGUAACUUAC